GAUUCAAGCACGUGCAGAAUCUGCGUUAGAAGCGCUAAAGCAGACUUUAGCGUUAAAACGAAGUGCUUCUGGUUCAGAAUCUUCAGAAUACUUGAUGGUGGAUCAAUCGGCAUUGACUGGUGAAAGUUUACCGGUACAUCGCAACAAAGGAGAUGUUGUAUAUUCAAGUUCUAUAGUUAAGCAACAAAUGUUGGCUAUCGUUGUCAAAACUGGGAAAGAUACAUAUAUUGGACGUGCCGCUGCGCUUAUGAACAUGGCCGCGGUCAAAUUUCGAAAUACAAGUUCUGGUCGGUUUACCAACUGUUCUUUCCGUAACUAUGGCCGGCAACUAGCAGCCAAAAAAGUAAUUAUUAGAUGUUUAGCAGCCAUUGAAGAAUUGGCUUCUGCCUCUAUUCUUUGUUCCGAUAAAACUGGUACACUCACCCUUAACGAACUAUCCACUGAUGAUUCAUGGCUGGCUCCUUCCUAUACGGAAUCUGACCUUUUUUUGCAUGCAUAUGUAUGCUCUGACCCAGGCACAGAUGAUACUAUAGAAUUAGCUGUUAGAGAUGCGGCAGAAAAAAAACUUGACAUUUUAAAAAAUCGUGAAAAUGAACAUGAAGUUCCUGGUUUCAAGGUUAAAUCAUUUGUUCCUUUUAAUCCUUCAAAAAAAUUAUCACAAGUUACGGCAAUAGACCUUGAAACGCAAAAAGAAAUUCAAAUAGCCAAAGGUGCACCACAAGUUAUAGUACAACUUGCAGGUGGAAUAUCUUCGAACCUUGCGUAA